CGCAACCACAAACCGGGAGCACCACACAAAGCCCCGGCGGCGUCGCAACCCGCUCCUCCGUCUCCAAUGGCGUCUUCUCUCUCGUUAUUACUCUGUCAGCCUCACGGCGGCAGCAUCUGCACCCGUCUCCCGAAACGAUGUUCCUCCUUCAAUUUCGGAAUCCUCUUCUCGAAGCCCCUCCGUGCGAACCAUUUCACCGCCCACUGCCUCCACAGCGCCGCCACGCCGCCACCGUCGAGGAGUUCAGCAGCGCUCUCCGCGGAAUUCUCCAGAAGCUUCUCCCACUGUCAAUCUCGCUCUUCCCUCCCUAACAGGGAGCAGAUCCCAAGCCUCCACCACUUCGUCCCCAAAGCCACACCUUCAAUCACUGGAACCAUCCAUGCCUCCGACAUUCACGCAAAUCGGGAGACAACGGCAUCUGAAGUUCUUCCAAGAGGUCGGAUAUACCAUGAAACGUAUGGAUGCCAAAUGAAUGUGAAUGAUAUGGAGAUAGUUUUGUCCAUAAUGAAGAAAGCAGGAUACAAUGAUGUUGUGGAUGUUCCAGAGAGUGCAGAGAUUAUAUUUAUAAACACAUGUGCUAUAAGGGACAAUGCGGAACAAAAGGUUUGGCAGAGGCUAAAUUACUUUUGGUUUUUGAAGAGGCAAUGGAAGACCAAUGUUUCCACCGGAAGGUCUCGGUCUUCACAGCCUCCUAAAGUAGUUGUUUUGGGGUGUAUGGCCGAGAGGUUGAAGGAGAAAAUACUAGAUGCAGAAAAGAUGGUUGAUGUAGUGUGUGGGCCCGAUGCUUAUAGGGAUCUUCCCCGACUACUAGAAGAGGUCGAUUACGGCCAGAAGGGAAUCAACACUCUCCUUUCACUUGAAGAAACAUAUGCUGAUAUAACCCCCGUCCGCAUAUCCAAAAACUCAAUUAGUGCUUUUGUUUCUGUCAUGAGAGGCUGCAAUAAUAUGUGCUCUUUUUGCAUUGUCCCUUUCACAAGGGGUAGGGAGCGCUCCCGUCCCGUGGAGUCAAUUGUGAGAGAAGUUGGGGAGCUUUAUAAGGAAGGUGUCAAAGAGGUGACACUUCUUGGUCAAAAUGUAAAUAGCUACAACGACACGUCUGGUGUACAAAUGGAGGUUCCUCAACCGGGACCCGACUGGAAGCUGAGUGAAGGAUUUUCAAGCAGAUGUAAAGUAAAACAUGUGGGUUUGCGGUUUGCUGAUCUUCUCGAUAGACUUGCAGUAGAGUUCCCUGAGAUGCGGUUUAGAUACACGUCCCCUCAUCCAAAAGACUUUCCUGAUGAGUUACUUUACGUGAUGCGAGAUAGAUACAAUAUCUGUAAGAGCAUUCAUCUGCCUGCACAAUCAGGGAACAGCACAGUUCUUGAAAGGAUGCGGCGAGGGUAUACACGUGAAACGUACCUUGAUCUUGUGCAAAAGAUACGGGAAAUUAUUCCUGACAUAGGCAUAAGCAGUGAUUUCAUAUGUGGUUUUUGUGGCGAAACAGAGGAAGAGCACAAAGACACAGUCAGCCUGAUAAAGACUGUCGGUUACGACAUGGCAUAUUUGUUUGCCUACAGCAUGAGGGAGAAAACGCAUGCCCAUAGAAAAUAUGUGGAUGACGUUGCCGAUGAUGUAAAGCAGAGAAGGCUCUCAGAAUUGAUUGAGACUUUCAGGGAGAGUACAGGGGAGUGCUAUGACUCCAAAGUGGGCACUCUCCAACUGGUGCUAGUCGAAGGCCCCAACAGAAGAGCCCCUGACACAGAGCUCACAGGCAGGAACGAUAGAGGCCACCGUGUGUGCUUCCCAAAUCUAUGCAUCGCUGAUAAGGUAGAGAACAACGGGAAUCGGAAUGCGAAAGUGGGGGAUUAUGUUGAAGUGCAGAUAACGAAAUCCACAAGAGCAUCGCUGUUUGGAAAUGCAGUUGCUAUUACCAAGUUGAGUUCUUUCUACGACUUUUUUCGUGAAGAAGCUGUUGCUUGUGCGAGCUCGAGUUAGCUUUAUCUUCAUGUUCUUCAAUGUCUGCUGUCAAGUGAUAGCAAGGUAACUUUUCCAUAUACAAAGUACUGACUUUUUUUUUACGGCCUUUGAUUGAGAGUUGUGAUUUAUGCUGUACAAAUAAAGAAGUUUUUACUUUUGUAUGUUGUAAAGAAAUUGUGCAUACGUCAAUUUGGUAAUGUGU